GGCUCUGUGCUGACAGCUCAGAGCCUGGAGCCUGCUUCGGAUUCUGUGUCCCUCUCUCUCUGCCCCUCCCCCACUCAUGCUCUGUCUCUCUCUCUGUCUCAGAAAUAAAUAAACAUUAAAAAAAAUAAUGGAGAAGAAUUUCCUGAAAAAAAACUAGAAUUAUGAAUACAAUGGGAUUACAAACAGUUCUGAGAUGUUUGUUUCCAUUUCUCCCCUCCCUCCCACCUCACUUUCCUUCCCCCACCUUCUUGGUCCUUUCUUUUGUGGAACUGUAUAUCUUUUAUAACUCUUUGCUGAUGAAAACGAAUCAGAAGCUCCUGCAGAGGUACAGUGGAAAAGCUUGGGCCAAGUCAUAGACCAACACAUCCAGGGCCGGUAUCCAGCAGGAUUCCAUCACAAUCCUUUUGCUUUCUUUAUACAAUGGCUAAUGCCAUUUCUUACGAGCAAACAACACAGAGCAAGACAGCACAACUGUAGUUUUGCAACUAACCAGUUUCCCCAUUCCCUGCUUUCCUUUGCUUGAUUCAUCAUUACUUAUUUCAGAUUGUCCAGUGUGCAAGCAUACUUCAAUGCUACUCCCUCCUUCUCAUGUUGAGGUGAAGGACUUCCUUCCAUAAACCUCUCAGGUUAUUGCUUUUUAUUUUUUCCACAAGGACUACUUUACUGAUAUUGAGUGGAGGAGGGACAAGAAGAAAUAAAAUGAGCAAGAAAGACAGAUUCUUCUUAAAUCCUUUGAAUUUAAGUUCUUAUUGAGGAUUUCAAAUAUUUGGAUGCUUCCAUGGAUUUUUUUUUUCUUUUAAAAGAAUGAUGCCAACUUUGAAUGCAGCUCCUGGGUCACUGCCAUAAUUCUAAAUGACUGAUUGGAACUGGAAAAACAAACAAACAAACAAACAAACAAACAAAUUCAGUAUAAGUUCAUGUUUCCUGGAGAACAUUUUAAAAAGAACUGAGCGGAUAGAGACACCCAUCUCCCACCCCAAAGCUACCUGCAUUCCAGCUGACAAACAAAAUCAGCACCAGUGGUUAUCCUGACCAGAAUGUCAUGUCACUUUUAUGACAUCAGGGAAAAUACUGCAGUUUCUACCUGAACGAAUUUUCUUUCGAUGGCAUUACCAGAGUAUAGGCUCAACUUUAAAGAAGCUUCUACACACUGGAAAUUCUAUUAAGAUAAGAUGUGAAGGGAUCAGGCUGUUUCUUCUGUGGCUUCAAGCACUUCAGACAAACUGUGCAGAAGAGCAGGUGCUGAUUUUUGCUUGCCUUGUGCCUGGUUUCCCAGCAAUCAUGUCAUCCAGAGGGCCCUGUACGCUGGAGACACUCAUCAGUCCUAGCCCUAGUGGAGCUGAUGCAAAGGUAUAUCCAGAAGAAAUCACUCCACUCCUACCAGCCAUAUCGGGGGAAAAGAUUGCUGAGGACCAAACAUGCUUUUUUCUUCAAAUACUAUUGAAAUAUAUGGUUAUUCAGGCUGCAAGCUUGGAGUGGAAGAAUAAGGAGAAUCAAGAUACUGGUUUUACAUUUCUUUUUACAUUGUUUCGAAAAUAUUAUCUUCCUCAUUUAUUUCCAACAUUUACUAAGUUAACAAACAUCUACAAACCUGUACUUGACAUCCCCCAUAUGAGACCAAAGCCAGUGUACAUUACUACAACUCGAGACAAUGAAAACAUUUACAGUACAAAAAUUCCAUACAUGGCAGCUCGCGUUGUUUUUAUUAAGUGGAUUGUCACUUUCUUUUUGGAAAAAAAGUAUUUAACUACAACACAAAACACUAAAAAUGGAGUUGAUGUGUUGCCCAAAAUCAUACAGACUGUUGGUGGUGGUGCAGGGCAAGAGAGAGCACCGGAGCUGGAUGGCAGUGGGCCCACAGAGCAGGACAGAAACCAUUCCAACAGCAGCACCUUGUCUGACCGAAGACUCAGCAACUCCAGCCUUUGUAGCAUUGAAGAAGAGCACCGCACAGUGUAUGAAAUGGUGCAGCGGAUUCUCUUGUCAACACGAGGUUAUGUCAACUUUGUGAACGAAGUCUUUCGCCAGGCAUUCUUGUUGCCUUCCUGUGACAUAGCUGUAACAAGGAAGGUAGUUCAAGUGUACCGAAAGUGGAUACUCCAGGACAAACCUGUGUUCAUGGAAGAACCAGAUAAAAAAGACGUUGCCCAAGAAGAUGCUGAGAAACUAGGAUUUUUAGAGACUGACAGCAAAGAGACCUUGUCGGAAAGUUCCCGUCAUAAGCGCUCUUCCAGUUGGGGACGCACAUACUCCUUCUCGAGUGCAGUGAGCAGAGGCUGUGUGACAGAAGAGGAAGAUAAGAACGUGAAAGCCGGGGCCCAGGCUAUGCUGCAGGUAUUUUUGACAAAUGCUGCAAAUGUCUUUUUGCUGGAACCAUGUGCUGAGGUUCCCAUGCUCUUGAAAGAACAAGUCGAUGCCUGUAAAGCUGUUUUGAUUAUUUUUAGGCGUAUGAUAAUGGAGCUUACAAUGAAUAAAAAGACAUGGGAACAGAUGUUGCAAAUACUACUCAGGAUAACAGAAGCUGUCAUGCAGAAGCCAAAGGAUAAACAAAUAAAGGACUUGUUUGCCCAGAGCUUGGCAGGGUUACUGUUUAGGACGCUCAUGGUGGCGUGGAUCCGAGCAAACCUCUGUGUAUACAUUUCUCGAGAGCUCUGGGAUGACUUUCUUGGCGUGCUGUCCUCCCUCACGGAAUGGGAGGAGCUCAUAACUGAGUGGGCCAACAUCAUGGACUCGUUGACAGCAGUGCUCGCGAGAACUGUUUAUGGAGUUGAGAUGACAAACCUACCUCUGGACAAAUUAAGUGAACAAAAGGAAAAGAAGCAGCGAGGCAAAGGUUGUGUUCUAGAUUCUCAGAAAGGAACCACUGUGGGGAGAUCCUUUUCUCUCAGCUGGCGGAGCCACCCAGAUGUGACUGAACCAAUGCGAUCUAGGAGUGCCACCACAUCUGGGGCACCAGGAGUUGAGAAGGCAAGAAAUAUUGUUCGUCAAAAAGCAACCGCUAAGCGAAGCCAGUCUAUCAGCAACUGUGUCCACCUCUCUGAGGCUUUGCCUGCCACUAAAAGCGUCCCGCUCCUCCUUCACACCGUGAGCGCUCUCUUACCUGGUCUCUCUUACUCCUCUUGCUCUCACAGGCUGUCAGAAGUGGAAGAAUGUCAGCAAUCAGAAAAUGCACCUGCCAUGGAAUCUGGCUGCCUGGGGGCGGAGCAGCACAUCAUUCGUAGCAGCAGCACACCUGACAUCACUGAGCCGCCCCGCCCAGAUUCCUCUCAGGGUCAAAAGGUAGAAAAUAUACAGACUUUGAGUUCUGCAGAGUCCAAGCCUAUUCAAGAAAAUAAAGGAUAUGUGAAGAAAGAACAUGAAGGAAUAACAAUCUUAGUCAGAAGAAGCAGCAGCCCUGCUGAAUUGGAUUUAAAAGAUGAUUUACAGCAGACACAAGGAAAAUGUAAGGAAAGACAGAAGAACUUUGGUUCUUCUGUUGUGCCAGGUGAAAGUGUCAGCAGUGACACAGCUCUGGGCUAUAACAACGAGGCAGAGCUGUCCAUGAGCCCAUGGCCAACCUGUGACGAGGACCCGGAACUGAGCACUCCCACAGAUGUUGUGACUGACUCUGAUGCCCGCCACUGGUUACAACUGAGUCCCACUGAUGCUUCAAACUUAACAGAUAGCAGUGAGUGCCUUGCAGAUGACUGCAGUAUAAUUGCUGGAGGGAACCUUACCGGUUGGCACCCAGACUCUGCCGCUGUGUUAUGGCGAAGAGUCCUGGGAAUCCUCGGGGAUGUGAAUAAUAUCCAGUCCCCCAAGAUUCAUGCCAAAGUUUUUGGCCACCUCUAUGAACUCUGGUACAAGCUAGCAAAGAUACGGGAUAAUCUGGCAAUAAGCCUGGAUAACCAGUCUUCUCCAUCUCCACCGGUGCUGAUUCCACCACUCAGAAUGUUUGCAUCAUGGCUAUUUAAGGCGACGACAUUGCCAAACGAAUAUAAGGAAGGCAAACUGCAAGCCUACAGACUGAUCUGCGCCAUGAUGACCAGACGCCAGGACGUUCUGCCAAACAGGGACUUCCUAGUGCAUUUUUACCUUGUGAUGCACCUGGGAUUAACCAGUGAGGAUCAGGAUAUCUUAAAUACCAUUAUAAGGCACUGUCCACCCCGCUUCUUCUCCCUGGGUUUGCCUGGCUUCUCAAUGCUGGUGGGGGACUUCAUCACGGCUGCUGCUAGGGUCCUCAGUACAGACACGCCGGCGGCACCUCAUUCAGAAGCUCUCACCAUUCUUGGUUCUCUUGUCUGCUUUCCAAACACCUACCGGGAGAUCCCUUUGCUGCAGUCUGUGCCAGAAGUCAGUGAAGUCAUCACAGGAACCGAAGACGUCAAGCAUUACCUCAUAAAUAUUUUACUGAAGAAUGCCACAGAGGAACCAAAUGAAUGUGCAAGAUGCAUCGCCAUUUGCUCCCUCGGGGUCUGGAUAUGCGAAGAGCUUGCCCAGUGUACGAGCCAUCCUCAGCUGAAAGAGGCCAUCAAUGUGAUAGGUGUCACUUUGAAGUUUCCUAACAAAGUCGUGGCUCAGGUGGCCUGUGAUGUUCUUCAGUUGCUGGUUUCCUACUGGGAAAAGCUUCAGAUGUUUGAAACCUCUCUGCCUCAGAAAAUUUCAGAAAUCCUUGUGGCCACAAUUGCUUUUCUUUUACCAAGUGCAGAGUACUCCUCAGUGGAAACAGAUAAGAAGUUUAUUGUAUCCUUGCUACUCUGCCUCUUGGACUGGUGCAUGGCGUUGCCAGUGAACACCCUUCUCCACCCAGUGUCCACAGUAGCCCUGGAGGAGCAGCACUCGUGCAGAGCCCCUUUGCUGGAUUAUAUCUAUAGGGUUCUGCACUGCUGUGUGUGUGGCUCAAGCACAUUUACUCAACGGAGUCACUACACACUGACCCUGGCCGACCUGUCAUCCCCGGAUUAUGACCCCUUCCUGCCACUGGCAAAUGUGAAGAAUUCGGAGCCAGUCCAAUAUCAUUCAUCAGCAGAUUUGGGCAACCUGCUCACAGUGGAAGAGGAGCGGAAGAGGAGGAGUUUGGAGCUGAUCCCUCUGACCGCCCGCAUGGUGAUGGCCCACCUGGUGAACCACCUGGGGCACUUCCCACUCCGUGGGGGUCCUGCCGUGCUGCACAGUCUGGUCAGUGAGAACCAUGACAAUGUACAUGCUGAGGCUCCCGAGCUGUCCUCUGAGGUGUUCCGGAGCCCAAACCUGCAGCUCUUUGUGCUGAAUGACAGCACCCUCAUCUCCUACCUUCAGACACCCGCAGAAGGGCCAGCAAGUGGCUCGCCGGGGGGCGCCUUGUCCGAUGUCAGAGUAAUUGUGCGGGAUAUCUCAGGGAAGUACUCUUGGGAUGGAAAGGUUUUAUACGGACCUUUGGAAGGCUGCUUAGCAUCCAGCAGCAGAAAUCCUGCAUUUCUGAUUUCCGGCUGGCAUCCUCAAGCUUUGGGAGCUCAGAAAGAUUUUUCUCAAACUGAGGAGGGAGAAGAUGUGCUUGACAAAUUACUUGAAAACAUUGGCCACACGAGUCCCGAAUGCCUUCUACCAUCACAGCUAAAUCUAAAUGAGCCUUCCCCACCCCCGCGAGGAAUGACCCGUGACCAAGAGAAGGAAAUCAUCGAGGUCAUUUUGCGCCAGAACGCCCAAGAAGACGACUACAUCCAGAGGUGUAACUCUGACUCAGCCAUGAAAGUCACCAGCCAGGAGCAGCCCUCACCAGUGGAGCCACGAGGACCCUUUUAUUUCUGCAGGUUGUUGCUCGAUGACUUGGGGAUGAAUUCUUGGGACAGAAGAAAGAAUUUCCAUCUGUUGAAGAAAAAUUCAAAACUAUUGAGAGAGCUAAAAAAUCUGGACUCCCGUCAGUGCCGUGAAACACACAAAAUUGCAGUGUUUUACAUUGCUGAAGGUCAAGAAGACAAGUGUUCUAUCCUCUCCAACGUAAGAGGAAGCCAAGCAUAUGAAGACUUUGUUGCUGGACUUGGAUGGGAGGUGGAUCUCUCAACCCACUGUGGGUUCAUGGGUGGACUUCAGCGCAACGGCAGCACGGGGCAGACUGCCCCUUACUAUGCUACCUCGACUGUGGAAGUGAUUUUCCAUGUUUCAACUCGGAUGCCAUCAGACUCAGAUGAUUCACUCACCAAAAAGCUUCGUCACUUGGGGAAUGACGAGGUCCACAUCGUCUGGUCUGAACACUCCAGGGACUACCGCAGGGGCAUUAUCCCGACUGCCUUUGGAGACGUUUCCAUCAUUAUUUACCCAGUGAAGAAUCACAUGUUCUUUAUCGCGAUCACGAAGAAACCCGAGGUUCCAUUUUUCGGGCCUCUGUUUGAUGGAGCCAUAGUGAGUGGAAAGCUAUUGCCAAGCCUUAUAUGUGCCACGUGCAUCAAUGCCAGCAGGGCUGUGAAGUGCCUCAUCCCACUCUACCAGAGCUUCUACGAAGAGAGAGCUCUGUACCUCGAAGCAAUAAUUCAGAACCACCGAGAAGUAAUGACGUUUGAGGAUUUCGCGGCCCAAGUCUUUUCUCCCUCGCCCAGCCCCUCCCUCGGCGGAACGGAUUAAAAUACGUAAAGGUCUCAUUGCCAUGUUUGAGCAAGGGCCCUGGCCACCAGCCCUAGUGCCUACCUCACGGCGCCUUUUGGCAAGGAGAAGAUGAAUGAGACUUCCCUCUUUCCCGACCCCAGAACCACAAACUCAGAGACUCCAGGAAACAUCACUGCUCUGCUAGUGCCCUCCACACAUCUUCCCAUUGACGGACUUCCAAAGUUGAAGGCGAACCCCCCAAGAUGUUGAGGGUUGGACUUUCUCACUCGGCUGUGUCAUCUUGCUCUAGGACCUCACGAAACUUGGGCUUCAAACAAGAAAAAGGGAAAGUCACCAACAACCAGAGACAAACCCAUGCUUGUGGGCAUUGGCGUGGCUGCUCCAGGGCAGGGACAGCAGGAGAUGAUGCUGGGUGUUCAGGGAAGGGGUGGGGGGUAGCUGGUUUCUGUACUCCGAGUUGUUUCCUCUCAUUUAUAAACCCAAGCAUGAUUCACAGAAGGGCCAGCAAAAUAGCUGUCAAACAGGAAUUUUUUCCACAUUGAUUUCGCUAGUGCUGAUGUUAGGAUUUAUGGUUUACUCAAAAAUUUCAU